AUGUCUUGUCAGGAUGUCUGUUCAUUUGUGCGUGGUCUGUCACGCAAGAAACCACUGGAGCCCGAGGGUGAGGUUUCAUCGUUUAUUCGCUGCCUUGGCACAAUCGACCUGGUGUCUCUGGGGGUGGGCAGCACCCUGGGUGCUGGUGUCUACGUUCUCACAGGUGAGGUGGCCAGGAGUCUGUCAGGUCCCAGUAUCAUGAUCUCUUUCCUCAUCGCUGCGCUGGCCUCCGUCUUCGCCGGACUGUGCUAUGCGGAGUUCGGCUCCCGUGUUCCCAAGACUGGAUCGGCUUAUCUCUACAGCUACGUGACUGUGGGUGAGGUGUGGGCAUUCAUCACGGGGUGGAACCUGCUACUCUCCUAUGUGAUAGGAGCCUCCAGUGUGGCCCGAGCCUGGAGUGGUACAUUUGAUGACUUGAUUGGGAAUGUGAUGUCUAAUUACUUUAGCAAACACGCAGCUAUGAAUCUGCCCGGCCUGGCUCCCUACCCAGACAUCUUUGCAGCUGCCCUCAUCCUGUUGCUCGCAGGCCUCCUUUCUUUUGGUGUGAAAGAAUCUACGAUGGUGAACAAGAUCUUCACAUGUGUUAACAUACUGGUGUUGGUGUUUGUAAUUAUCUCUGGAUUCAUCAAGGGGAAACUGGCAAACUGGUACAUCAGUGAAGACACAUUACUGAAUGUAACAGCAGAGUCUGAAAAUCGGUCGUCUAUAGUAAAUGUGACCUCUGAGUUCGGUGUAGGUGGGUUUUUCCCCUACGGCAUUGAAGGAACACUGGCAGGAGCAGCAACCUGUUUCUACGCAUUUGUGGGGUUUGACUGCAUUGCAAGUACAGGGGAGGAAGUGAAGAACCCUCAGAAGUCUAUACCACUGGGUAUCAUCUUUGCACUACUCAUCUGUUUCCUGGCUUAUUUCGGCGUAUCAGCUGCGCUCACCCUGAUGAUGCCGUAUUACCUGCUAAACAUCCACAGCCCUCUGCCAGUCGCCUUCGCUUAUGUGGGCUGGCCUGCAGCCAAGUAUGCAGUGGCUGUGGGAUCCCUGUGUGCCCUGUCUACAAGUCUGCUAGGAUCCAUGAUUCCCAUGCCUCGAGUGAUCUUUGCCAUGGCUAGAGAUGGUCUUCUGUUCAAAGUGCUGAGUAGGGUCAGUUCCAGGCAGAGUCCCGCCUUGGCUACUCUUACAUCUGGCGCUAUAUCAGCAAUAAUGGCACUUUUAUUUGAUCUGAAUGCGCUGGUGAACAUCAUGUCGAUCGGAACUCUGUUUGCUUACACACUGGUGGCCAUUUGCAUUCUUAUACUGAGGUACCAAGAGGAUACGUGCUCAGAGAACGAGACAAACCUUGAAAAGUGCAAACAGAGCUCAAAAUUUGGAUUUUUAAAUCCUCCUUCCUACCCAACAAAGGAAACAUCAAACACUGUCAAAAUAUGUACUGGAUUCAGUGUCAUCAUGUUGUUGAUCCUGACCAUAUUACUGACCGAUGCUAUCAGACCUCUGUUACUUCUGGAGGUUUGGAGCCUGGUAUGUAUUUCUGUGGUCCUUUUUGCCAUCCUGCUCUGUGUUCUGCUGAUCUGGAGGCAACCGCAGAACCCCACCAAAGCUUCGUUCAUGGUGCCUUUUCUACCUUUACUUCCCAUUGUAAGUGCUUUUGUUAACAUUUACCUGAUGGUCCAGCUGGGUGGCGCCACUUGGAUCCGCUAUGCUGUUUGGAUGGCUGUGGGGCUUCUCAUCUAUUUUGGAUAUGGCGUGAGGAACAGCGUUCAGAAACAAAGGCUGCUGGGAAAACUAAGCACCGUCGAAACUGAGGAGAAGAAGCCAGAGAAAGAUGAAACAAAACUGUAA